ACUCCCGAAGAUUGAGGCGUAGAUUGCACUCCAAAUUGCAGUUGCAGUUGCAAAGUUAACAGGCGAAAUAGACAAGUAACGCAGAUCCCCAGGAUGCAAAACCAACCCAGCCCACAGCUGCCCUGCAAGGGCAUCCUCAAGACGUCGCGCAGCUUCGACAAGUCGGGCGCCAGUUUUCGCAAAAGUGCCAAGUUCGAUGAGCUGAACGUGAUGCAGACCUUCCAUCCGGCCGACAAGGACUACGGACAUAUGAAAAUCGAUGAGCCCAAAACGCCUUACAACUACACGGAGUCCUUCGGGGAUAAUAGGGACGAACUGGACACGGAGCUGCUCGUGGAGAAACUCCGCAUAGCGGCCAACACACAACAGUCGACGGACAGCAUCGAGGACGAGGGCUCCUCCGGCGACGACCAGCCGCUGAGCGAAGAGGAGCGACAACGACGGCGCGAAUUCGAGCGACGUCGCAAGGCCCACUACCGCGAGUUCGAGGCCGUCAAGCUGGCACGGAAGCUGAUCCAGGAGGAGGACGACGACGACGACGAGGACGGGGACAAGGGCGCGGACAGCCGGCCCUCGGGCUCGGCACAGGGCGCUUCCACCUCCGGCCGCUUUGCGAGCAGUUCGGCGAAAAAAUCGAGCGCCAAAGCCGACUCACCCACAUCCUCGUCCACCAGCGCCGGCCACAACAACAUGGACCUGGAGCCAUCGAACAACUAGAAGCAAUAUCAACCCAUCAAUCAAUCACUAAUGUUUACCUAGCGGACAAUGGACGAUUCUGAGGGCCGCUCAUCCAAACAAUGAACUAACGAAAUUAUAUUAUAUCAAGUGCUGUGCGCGCGCGGAGUGAGAAGUGGAUGCUGAUUAGCAGAGUGGCGGGGAGCACUCAUGAUUAGUUGAAUCAACCCCAUCUAAACACGAAAAACAAACCGUCGCCAAGGAGGUUCGUCAUCGAGUAGUGAACACAGCCGAUAAGCCAAUGCAUUACUGGUUGCAAAUUGAUUUUACAACACAAACCGUGCAAAUAUAACUAUCGUAUGCUUCUCAGCCGUAGCGUACUGUUGCAAAUGUAGUUAAACAAAAAAGUCUUUUAAAUUGAUAUCAAUAUGGCCUCCCCUUUUCGGUCCAAGUUUCCCGUUCGCAGCAUUUAAUUUGAUUGGAUGCCCAGUGCCACAUAAGGGAUUACUUGUUGUAACUAGCGUUGAAGUUGAUUUGGCCUUACGUUUAGUUAUUUAUUAAUACGAUACUAUUAUGAUUACUAUUAAGUUUUAGCCAUCGAAUGCGAACGUUUCAAUAAAGAGAGCCCAGAACCCAAUUGAAAA